GUCGUUUCGAUUGAAAACAAAAUCAUUCGAGCAACAAUGGCUCUUUCGUUUUUUACCAAAUGUAGCGCCUUCUCGAGAAUAUCACCGUUUGUACGUAGUUUUUCAGUCACUUCAGUCAACCAGCUUAAAGAAAUCAAAGAGGUUACGGCGAAUGAUACCCUGGUGGUCAAGGGAGAAUUCGUCCCAUCACCGCGGCGAGAUACGCUGAUCCCGCAGUUGCUUGAGGCACGAAACAAAGGCGAACGGUUCUGUCCCCAGUGUACACUCGGGCUAGACAUUAAGCAUACAGAUGUGCUGAUUCUAAGUCAAUACGUGCGUUCCGACGGUUGUAUGCUACCACGCCGGAUAACCGGAUUAUGUAAGCGACAGCAACGACGCAUGGGCGCAUUGGUCACGAUGGCUCAGAAAGCCGGUCUGAUGCCCAACCUGAACCCGUCGACCAGCAAGAAAGAUCCUAAACGGCGCUAUCAGUGGAAAAAGUAUAACAAAUACUACGACGAAGAAACGAUCAAGUGUUAAAAAGGAUAGGAUAAAAUAGAAUGUUUAUGUAAAGCAUUUGCUCGGAUGGUAAUACAUCUAGAUUUAC